UCCGGCUAUUUCCUGCCCUGGGUUUCCUUGCUGCCCCCACAAUCCUUAGCUCCUUCCGUCCGCUCGCAGCGCUCGUGGGAACUUCCUGUAGCGAUGGCUGCGGCGGUGGCGGGGAUGCUUCGAGGGGGUCUCCCGCCCCGGGCGGCUUGGCUGCCCACCCUCCAGACUGUGCGCCAUGGCUCCAAGGCUGUGACCCGCCACCGUCGUGUCAUGCACUUUGAGCGGCAGAAGCUAAUGGCUUUAACUGUGUAUAUUCCUCCCAAACCUGCCAUCAACCCUAGAUGCCUCCCACCCCCUCCCAAACCCCCCAAGGAGGAGUCCGGCCUUAUCCAUCUCCUGCAUCGGGAUAUAGUAGCAGUUUUUCGUGACAACCGAAUGAUAGCUGUCUGCCAGAACGUGGCCAUGAGUGCAGAGGACAAACUUCUCCUGCGCCACAGGUUGCGGAAACACAACAUCUUGAUAAAAGUCUUCCCCAACCAGGUCCUGAAGCCUUUUCUAGAAGAUUCGAAAUACCAAAACCUGCUCCCCCUUUUUAUUGGGCACAAUAUGCUGCUGGUCAGUGCAGAGCCCAAGGUCAAGGAAAUGGUGCGGAUCUUAAAGAGUGUUCCUUUCCUGCCGCUUCUGGGUGGCUGUGUGGAUGACACCAUCCUCAGCAGGCAGGGGUUCGUAGAGUAUGCCAAGCUGCCCAGCCUGAGCCUGCUGCAAGGGGAACUCGUGGGAGGACUUACUGGCCUCAUGGCCCAGACCCGCUACCUGCUUCAGCGCCAGCCGGCCCAGCUGACUUCCCUGUUGGAUCAGUAUAUCAAACAGCAACAGGAGGGAGAGGAGGCAGAGGAGGCAGAGCCUGCCACGUCAGUCAGUAGGAAGCCGUCCCCUGACCCGACUCCAGAUUCCUAGCCCACUUGUUUUACCCAGUUCUGCCCAUAAAUACACUCUGUCCCUGCUGUCUGUGUUGUUGUCUAGCAGAGGUCUGAAAGAAUUGGGCAUGUGACUUGGCUCUCAUUCACAAUGACCUCCUUGGGGACACAGAGAAACUCCAUUUCAAAUGGAGGCUUCCCAUUGUCUUCAGUCCACUGUCUUGUCCUGUCACAGCGAGGGGCCUAGCAGGAACAGUCCCCUUCAGUUUUCCAGGUCCACAGCAGAAAGCUUGGAGAUUGUCUUGUGGGGCCUUGUCAUCCACUGCUCCUGCUCUGUGUCUUCCCAGCCUACUCUCUCGGUUCCUCCGCAUGCCACGAUGGACCUUGUGAAUGGCACUAAGUCGUGUGCCGAGUGCCAUACUAAACACAGAUGCCAGCUCCUUUACCUCUUACCGCUUAGGAAAGGGCAGAGUUGGAAGUCCUGGUUAGGGCCUUGAGCUUGAUUCUCAGAAGUCUCAAGUUUCCAUAGUAGAGCUUCUUCAUAAAGUUACCCAGGAGUGGGUUCUGGUUGGGCUCUGAGGUUCCUGUUCCACCCUGGGAUGGCUGGGUUGUAGAAGGAGUAGGAAAGUUAUUUGUUAGAAAAAUAAAACACAUUUUAUGGA